AUGAUUGCGUUGGCCGCUCACUCGUUGGCCGCGCCGUCCAACGCUAAAUUCCCGUCGACGUCGCCGGUAAACGAAGCCGACGACCGUGCGACAGCGGACAUAUUGCGAGACACGCUCAUCAACAUAACCACAGCCCUGGUAAUCGGCGGCGACGGCGGCGGUUCUUCUGCGAGUUUUCGGAAAGCGGAAAUGCACCACAACGAACAGGUACACAACAAACCGCACCAGCAGCACCACCCCAUUUCCUCGCUGAUCCAUCUCUUGCUGACCGUCGGCAGCGCGUUCGCCCCGUUGGUCGGUGCUAUCGUCGGGCCAUUACUGACCAACAUCGCCAACGGAAUCACUUGGGCAAUAUCGCACACGAUCGCUUCCGGUAUAUAUUAACAUGCACUAUACAAUCGGUUUUAUUUUAUUGUUUUUUUUUUUUUUUAUGCGUCGCAAAACCGUAUUCACGAUUCAAUGCUUGAUACACUCAUCGUAGUGUACCAUCCAUUCCGCUGCAUACACUACUUAAUCGUUAAACUAAUAAUUAAUAACAAUAUUAUAUUAGGUCUAUAAUGAUUUUUUUCUUUUUCAAUAUAUUCCGACGUUUCAGGAUUUUCAUCUCCCCACGGACUGUUCUCGCCCGAACUCGGCCACGGAGCCAAUCACAUGAAAGAACAUCCGACUUCUUACGCGGCCGAAGGUCAACCCGAGACGGCUGCGGCGGCGCCCGUCGACACGUUCCAAGCGCAGCAACCCGCGGUCGGAGCGACAGUGGAACACGCUGAACCCGCGACGGUCGAUGACACCGUCAUAGACGAAGCAAAGAAAAUAGGAGACAAUCCGAUACGUACCUGA